AUAAAUGUCCCCGCCGUAUUCAUUGAUAUAUGAAACCUACUGACAUAUCUCCUCAUAUUGACAAUAUUGAAUAAUCAAGCAAACUCAUAACAACUCCAGAAUGACCACUUUAAAGCCGCCAACUGAAGAAAUGAUUUCUCCUGUUAUGUCUCACAUGAUGGUAAAAGAUGAAGGAUCUCAAACUCGUUUGCCGAAGAUUUCAAUUCAGGAAAUUUCUCGGCUCUCAAGUGCAACUAGAUUCGAAGACGAAAAACAUGAGUCCAUCGAAAACUUCGAACCUGAGGAAGUGGUUUCUAAAGUGACAACUCUAUUCAGCGGGGAGGAUGUUCACAGUGUUCGUAGUAGUGAUGAAGCGGAAAUGGCCCAGCAAUGUCUUUCCUCUGUCGAGUGGAUUUUCGAUACAAGCACUACAGAUGUUGGCGCAAUUGAUCUGGCUUUUCCGGAAAAUUUGGAUCCUAAGUUCAAAGAAGUCGAAUGCCUUCCGUUGAGCUAUUUUACUUUGAAUGCUAAGGAACGACUGUUAUUGGCUUUUGCGGAGAACUUUCGAAGACAGUUUGUGGUGAGCCCGGAGUAUGCAGGCAGACGACCAUUGGUUUUGGCACCGAAGAAUGAGUGUGGAGUACAGAAGUUCGUCUGUACGACGAUCAAACCAACGCCAUUUCUUAUACCGAAGAUCAUUGGAAGUUGGGAGGAAUGUGCUUCAUUUGUUGCUGAUUUUAUAAUCUAUGAACCCUUGGAGAAUCCACUACAGUUGCCACCUCGCUUAAUUUCGCCGGAUACAUUGCUUCGCCAAAGGCGUGGCAACUGCUACGAAAUGGCCACCCUUCUUUGCAGUAUGCUCACAGGAGCUGGGUUUGCGGCCAUGGUAGUUUCUGGCUGUGCAACAAUCGAAACUACCCUUAAUGAUCAACGGCGUGUACCUUGUCCAUUUGUUCCUGAGGAUCCAGUACUGGAACCGGAGUCACCGGCACCAAUGAAUAAGAAUAAAUACGAAUUAAGGGGACCUCCUGAUCUCCGAAGUAAAUUCAUGGUUGAGCUAGAAGAGAAAGCUCUACAAAAAGAAUUAGAAGAAGAGGAACGACGAUUGCAGGAGGAGAGAGAUAAGUCCGAGGAACUUGCAAAGAGACCUCCAGACAGAUUUUUUGGGCGAAGAAUGCAUGCAUGGGUAGCUAUUAUCGAAAACGCUCCGUGGUGCUACAAACCUCGCCCGAAAGUAUAUAACGAUGAGGGUGAAGAGAUUAUUCCAGACCCUACCGCGUUCUUCAUAGAACCAAGUACUGGAUUUCGACAUGAGACUUCAUCACCAAAAUAUUUACGAAUUGAAAGCAUUUGGAAUCAACAUAAUUAUUACAUCAACCGCCAAGAACCCACUGAAAACCUCCUCGCAGACAUGAGGUGGGAUUUAAAGAACACUGACCACUGGGAACACUUCCUUCCAGCUGAACCCUUUGAGCUUCGUGUUGGAGAAUCCAGAGAUCAGGAUCUUGAACCUGGGAAUCAAGCAACCCUUCUAGUGGAGAAGCAUCUCGAUAUUUUGCCGUCGUGGGUGCAGAAGCUUCGGAUCAGUUUGAAAGAUUUCGAAUCCCGAUUCCCUAAUGAGGAGAAAAGUAUUUACUACAAAAAAGCUCUUUAUCAACGAUAUGCGCCUUACUUUUGCUACGAUGGUUUAAUGAAGAGACUAACAAUCUUCGGAGACUUGGAUUAUCAAAAACCUUUGAAACGCUGGGAAUGGUAUGAGAAUCGCAUGGAUUAUCUCAAUUUGAUUAAAAUUGAUUUCGAGACCAAGCAAAUUGAAGAGAGUUUUAUACAAGGACGAAAGGAUUGUUUGAAAUAUUUUAGCCAUAAUGCUGAACCACACCAACCGAAAACCUUCUAUUUUUUUGACCAUCCAAGGUUGGAUUGUUUGAGAAUGAUGCAAGUAAUGCCGGAAAAGUAUGUUUUUCACUACAAUAACCGGGAAGAUUUAUGCUACUAUCAGGAGUUCCAAACUAAGCCGAAGGAACGAAUCAGGUGUCACGCAAAGUCAUUGAUGGAAAUCACUGAAAAGUUUAACCGCAACGAGAAAGUUCCUGUGAAUAAAGAUAUCGCUAUUCGCCAGUUUCAAUUAACACACGGUAAAAUUUUCCUUCAAUUUCAAUACGCGGCCGAUGCAAUUACAGCUUCCACACGAGAAUUCUUGAAGCCACCGAAACCGGAUUAUGGGGAAGAGAUUAUUUUUGAUCCACUUCAGACCAAUGGAUACAAUGCAAAUCCACUGGAAAAUCCUCCAACACAAGCUGAACUAUAUUUUUUACUCCUGGAUCAGCUGAAACGUGAGGAAACGCUGAAAAAAAUAUUCGAGAAACGUUGCACUGAGUAUGAGGAAUUACUCAACAGAAGGAAGAAUGAAAUGUUGAAUCCGAGGCUGGAGUUCAGCGUUUUCGACCCUCUACGGAAUGAGGGAGCUCGGCGGAUUAGAUUGGAAGAGUAUGAAGAGGAGCGGAUACGGAAGGAAAUAGCAAAACUGCAGGAUCCGGACUUUUUGGCCCCCUAUCUAGUUCUUUACGAAAGACGCAAGCCUAAUUUUGAGGAAUCUUGGGCUGCAUAUAAUGCGUGUUUGAGUGACCUUAAAAGUCGUUACACGAACCUACUUAAUGAACUUCAAAGGCGAUAUGAGGAUCUUACAUCGGAGGCCCGAGCUCUGAAAAAGUUUAUGUCCCGAUUCCAGGACCAAUUCGACGACUUUGAUUACGAUCGGUUGAUAAAGGAGGCGAAGAACAUUGAACUCAACAAACGGAUGGUCCAGCAACGUCUGAUUCUGACCCAUGAGGAAGCCCAACGAAAAUAUGAGAAAGUCAAGGAAUCAUUGCUGGGUGACGAACGCUUACAUCUACGAAAGGCAGCAGCCUUCAAUUAGGAAAGGAUUCCCCAAUGUUUCGUAUUUAUUUUAUUUCACUAUUGUCCAUAUGAUAUAUGCAUGAUUUUGUGACUG